CCACCCUCGCACCUUCGCCUUUUAGUCCCCUUCACACACACCCACACACAGCUUUCAGCCGGGCCCCGAGUUGCCUUCUGUGAGAGCGCAGAUCUCUCCUCAUCUGCCGUGCUUUUCAAGCCUUCCGGCCCGAAGCUGGCAGAGCAAGUGCGCCUCGACGAGGCUCACCCCCUACAGGCGCCUCCAGGCCGAUCUCCUUCGGGGCACCGCGACCAUCGGUCCCCCUCCCCUGGGCUCUUCUUCACAUCUCCCCCCGCGCAUCUGAGUCCCUGGACCUGGUCGCUGUCGCAAUGCUCUCUCUUGCACUCAGCUUCUCCAAGCUCCUUGGCCAGCCGGAGGAUAUUCACACCCUUGUUCUCGGCCUUGAGGGUGCCGGCAAGACGACCAUCCUUGAGUGCUUUCGGCAGCUGAUUCUAAAGCAGCCUCGUCGGCUAAUUAUGCCCACGAGCGGGCUCAAUGUCGCAUCAUUGGACAUCCCCUCCGGAUCACUCUUUUCUCCCGGCACCAAAGUCAACCUCCUGGACAUGAGCGGGCGGAUGGAGUGGCGCAAGCUCUGGGCCAAAUACUUUCAACGGGCACAGGCACUCAUUUUUGUGAUCGACUCGACCGACGUGCCGCGCCUUGCGCCGGCCGUGGAAACACUGCUCGGGCUCCUGAAGCACCAGGAUCUCCAUCAAAAGCCGGUGCUGAUCCUUUUCAACAAAAGCGACCAUCCCGAUGCCCUCCCCCUUCACAAUCUAAUCCCGCUGCUCGAGGAGGCUGGCCUCUUCGAGGAUGACGAGGGCUUGGCCGAUGCCGGGAUAGAUGGCCUUUCGGGCUCUGACACCGAAGAUGCCCCUCCUCCGGCCAUGGUGGACCUCACCUCGACCGCCGAUCUGGCCUCCACAGCCACGCCCUCAUCUCUGGAGAGCCUGUCGCCAUCGGGGGUUCCAGCUUCAGUCGAGGCACCUCCCCUUGCGCCGACGCCCAUCGACUUCCUGGAAAACCGCCCUCUCCGGGUGCAGGCCAGCAGCGGUCUGAGUGGCGAGGGGCUUCUUUUGGCACUUGAGUGGCUGAUUACGGCCUCCCGGCGGGCGGCCAGGGCCCAAACUGUCCGGGCAGCCGGGUGAGUGGACCGCCUCUUUGACCGCCGGGGAUUGUAGUGCUGCUGCUCGCGCGCACACGCACACGCGCACGCACACGCACACGCACACGCACGCAUACACCCGGCCAUCCCCGAUGGGCCCCUUGUCAAGCCCGAUCACCACUCUUGAGGCCUCAUACGUUGGCACUCACCUUGCCCGAUGCGUCCCUUUCGCACUUUUCGCAUGGGUGAGAGGUGUCCCCCUUUUGGCGGGCGAUGGGCGACACCACACUCCCGAUGGGCCUUGAUCGCACCUACGUGAGGGCGAAGUGGGAAGAUGGUGGUUGGAGGAGGAGGAGGAGGGCGCGCUUGGGGCCCUGUAGAAUGUGGACAAUGCUCCAAAUAAAAUACCGCCUAUGUGGGGAAACCAGUAGAUCAG